CCUAAAAUUUGAGGUGCGUCCCAUUACACAGCUAAAUAAGGCUGGUUUCGCAGUUUGAAGAGUCCAUGUACCAUGUCUAUGUGUAACAAUCAACCGCUCCAAGAUCUUUCAUUUGCAAACAAGAAGUUAGAUACUCAUUGGUAUCGUUUAUUCCCUUCAUGUUAGUCACAAUUAUUAACAUAUCAUCAACAUAAAGGCAUGUAAUGACUAUAUACCAUGUCGUGCACUUUGAGUAAAUGCAUUCAUCAACAGAGUUAUGAGAAAAUCCAUGAGCCAGGACAACGAAAUCAAAUAUUUCAUGUCAUUUCUUAAGUGCUUGCUUUACACAUUUUAUUCCCAUUUCCAAACAACACGAACCUUUCUGGUUGCUCCAUGUACACUUCGUCGUCUAGCUCAACAUUUAGAAAUGUCGUCAUAAAAUCCAUUUGGUGUACAAACAUAUUGUAAAUAGAAGUCAAAGCCAAACGUACUCUUAUGGAAGUGAUUCUUGCAACUGGUGCAUAGGUGUCAAAGCAAUCUACUCCAACUUUUUGCCUAAACUCUUUUGCAACCAAUCUAGCUUUGAAAGUAUGUAUUGAUCCAUCAGUGUUAUACUUAGUCCGAAAUACCCAUUUGCAAAUUGCAACCAAUAGCUAUAGAUCCUAAAUGCAGAUCCACAAGAUUUGAAGUCUUGUUCGUUAUAAAUGAAUCCAUCUCAUCAUUAACAACCUCGUUUUAGGAAGAAGAAUCCCUAGAAGCAAUUGCUUCUUAAAAAGAUUUUGGAUCAUCUUGGACAUAGAACAAAAUGGGUAUCUUUCUUGUAACCUUUCUUCCUCUACAAGAAAGACUAUAACUUGAAGAUCAAUAAAUUCUAUACCAAAACUUUUUUUUUCUUAACCCUUUGACUUCUUCUUGGUUCAAUAGCAACAUGGUCAUCUAAAGACCUCUUACUACUCAAACCAAUGUCAAAGGUGGGAAUAGAAAUGAAAUUACAUGGGGAAUUCAUAGAAGUAACUCGACAUGGUUCUACAUUUGCAAAAUCACGUUAGAGUUUGUUCUCAAAGAACUCAACAUCCCUUCAUUCCACUACCACAUUAGAUUCCAAAUCUAAAACCCUAUAGGUAUAAAGUUUUCUACAUAUCCAAGAAAAACACAUUUCAAACCUCGUGGACCUAACUUAGUUCUCUUAGGAUCCGGGACUCUAUAGAAAGGAACACAACCCCAAACUCUAAGAUAACCCAAGUUUGGUUUCAUUCCCUUCCACAACUCGUAGGGAGAUUCCUUUAGCUUCUUUGACGAAAUUCUAUUGUGCACAUGUCACGCUGUUAGCAAAGCCUCGCCCAACAAAUUGUUUGGAGCACUAGCAUUAACCAUGUCAUAAAGAACUCCAUUUUUUCUAUUGGCUACUCCAUUCUAUUGAAGGGUGUAAGGAGCAGUCCUUUUGAAGUAUCAAACCAUGUUACUCAUAAAACUCAUUAAAUCUAUUAGGAAUAUAUCCUCCUCCUCCUUUUUUUUUUUUUGCCAUAGUUAUCCCGAGGGGGAAGCAACAUAGAUACGACAAAAUACAAGGUCUCCUAAGACCAGGCUAGGAAAAUUAAAUAAAUAAAACACGAUGGUCGACAAGAGUCUGCAUCAUCGCUCCAAGGGCUUGUCUUGCCACGAUAUGGGCAGCUCUAUUAUACCUACGAGGAGCGAAAUGGAACGAUGCACGUAGGAAAGAAGCCCGCAACACCUGAAUCUCUUGCAGGAGAGCUCCGCCCACCACGUGCGCCGAGUCCUUCGAGUUGAUCAUCCGAACAAUCACCUGCGCGUCCCCACAAAACAAAACAUCAGUGAACGAGUGAGCCAGAGACCAACGUAAGGAGUCGCGAAGAGCAGGAGCUCUGCGAGAAAUGGGUCAUCAAUAUUAGGAAUAAAACGGCCCCAAGCAAAUAUAGCGUUAUUAGCCUCUGCAAAACCAACAAAACCAAUGGCACAUCCGACCAAAGUUUUGGUGGCACCAUCAAAGUGUACCAACACUGAACCGGAAGGAAUGGAUGGAGGGGAUUGAUCACUAGGUAAAACCCCACUAGAAGCAGGAGAACGGCGAGGCAAAGAUCUCUCCGGAUGGGCCUGUGCUAGCUCCCAUUCAGCAACCUGAGAGUAAUAAUGUCAUGAUAAAACAUGAGAUAGAUACAAAAUACCAUCAUAUGUAGCCGAACAUCUGGACUUCGAGAGCCUCCAGUAAAGAAAGACCAACCGUGAAAUCUCUACUCUAGAUAAACCUGGAUAAAAAAUAGCCUACGCCAACCAAUCGCAACAUGGCACAAGCGAAUUUGAGCAAGGAUAUGGUUGUACCCCAACAAAUCACACAACUCUAAAGCAACCUGACAAUCCAAGAAACAAUGAGUAAGAGUCUCUGCCUCACCACCACAGACAGGGCAAGCGUAAGCCUCGGUAUCAUCAUUAGCUAUCAAUUCCUUAUCACGUAGCACAUCACGAACAAUUAGAAAACCUUUAACCACUCGCCAAAGAAAAAAUUUAAGCUUUGUAGGGACAGGAAGCGACCAAAGAAACUUCCAAGAACGGGAGUCAAAAGACGAUGGAACCGUGGAAAAGUCAGCAAUGUACUCAGCCGCAGCUAAACGAUAACCAGAUUUAAUAGAAUAUUCACCUGAAACUUCCAAAUGCUAAAUCAAGCGGUCAGCCACAGGAAAAAUUGGCAGAGGAAUAGCCAUAAUGAUCUAGACAGUGGCAUUAUAAAAAAGAUAUGAAAGAACGCUCUCCUUCUAAGAGCCUUGACCAUGAUUUAUUAGGCAUGAAACAAAUGAGUCAGGUAAGACAACCACAUGAAACAGAAUCGGCCUAGAAGGAGGGGGUGGUGGGAAUCCAAGCAUCAUUUGUAAUAUGAACCGAUGUUCCACAACCAAUUAACCAACGUAGGCCUUGUACGUUGUACCAAUAGAUCCCUGCCCAAAAGUACACCCUGCCAUGCCCAUGAAGAACGCGCACCAGCAGUAGCACAAAGAAAAGAGGAGUUGGGAAAAAACCUGCCUUUGUACGUGGUAGCUAAGAGGCUAUCCGGAUCAUGGAUGAUCCUCUAUGCUUGUUUGGCAAGCAAUGCAAUGUUAUUGGAGUCUAAAUCUCGAAAGCCAAGACCCCCUUUGAUUUAUGGCGGCAUAAAGCACGCCAAGAGGUCCAUCUCAUGCCACUCUCUCUAUCAUGUUGACUCCACCAAAAGCGAGCAAGAUGCCCAUUCAAAUGCCUGCAAAAAAGCGAAGGAAUUCAAAAGCAUGACAUCGCGUAAAUCGGUUGGUCCAAAGCCACAUAUUUAAUCACUGUUUCCUUUGUCGCUAAUGACAUAUAGGGGUCGUUUGGAUAGGUUAUUUGCUUGAGUUAUUUGGGUCCAAAUAACUCAUAUUGGGUUAUUUGAUUCAAAAUAACUUGUUUGGGUAUGCAAAAGUGUAAUUGGUUAUUUGGCCUUGAGUUAUUUACGAAUAACUCAAAAACGAGUUAUUGUAAAUAACACCUAUCCAGCAGUUAUUUGACAAUAACGCGUUCUGUGUCAUUUCCCUUCCAACUUUGCCCCUUUAUCUUUCUUCCUUUUCAGUUCUUCCCCUCUUUCUCAAAUGACUUCCAUCUUCUCUCUGCUUCUCCUCUCUUCUAUGUUAUAUAAUCUCUUGCAGUCGAUUAACCUCCCCUUCUCCAAUAGAUAAUCUAACUAUCUUGGCCACUUUUCUGUUGAUUCAAUGACACCCAUAAUCCCCUCUCUUGUUGAUGAUCAACAGAACCCCAAACCCUCACUGUUAACUAUUGUAUGUAGUAUGUACGAUGGAGAGCAAGGACGAGGUAGACGGAGGUUUCGAGCGACAACCGUGGUUGUAAUCAUUAGCGACAACGGAGGUUUCGAGCGACAGUUCGUAGGCGGCGAGAAUCAAGCAUCUUUGGAGCUGGAUGCGAGUACUAUUGUCCAAGCUAGGUUUUGAUUUGGGACUGCAUGCAGAGCUUGGGGCAGAUUGACGAAUUGAGAAGAGAAGAGAAGGCGCCCUUUUUGUUUGGCGGCAGGGGCUGAUUGACGAAUUUGGAUUUGGCCUCCGUCCAUAGUAAGCAUCCCUAAUUGAUUUUUUCUAUAUUUAUUUGUCAAUUAAGUGGCUUUGGACACGUCUUUAAAAAGAAUAGAGAGGUUAAAUUCUCGUUGGUGGGAAUCUUUGGAUUCGUGGGUUCUGAUUUUCCUCUAGGCUCAAUGGAACAAGAACAGAGAAGUGGAGGAUGAGAAGAAUUCGAUGCAAGGGAGGAUAGGCGGUGGUUUCUGGUGUUUUCGUUGUUCUAAUGGUUUGCUAUGAAUGAACGAAUAAAUCUGGGCAAGGUACAUUUCUGGGAAUGAAUGAAAGCUAUGGGAGAGUAGAUGGUGCCCUCAAUUGAGGGCAAUAUUGUUAUUUAGCAUCUUUUAUCAUAAAAUACGACAUGCAAAUAUUGGUUUAGCCAAAAAAGAUUGUUUACCCAACUUUCAUAAAAAUACCACACAAAUACCACAUCAACAACAAAUGCGUUAUUUCACCUUACAAAUACCACAAAACCAAACAAUUCAUCCAAACGACCCCAUACUUCGAUUUCCAUCCUUGAAUCCGAGUAACCAGACCUUCCUCAACAAAACGAAAGGUAUCCUGCUUUGAUCGCAAGACGCGUAUCGGAAGUCCCAGAUAACGAUCUUGGGGUCCACUGAUUACGAAAGGUAUCCUCCUCCUCCUCCUUUCCAAGGAGAAGACGCGAGUUCCCACUAUCCCCCCAGGGUAAUUUCUUUCCUUUAAUAGGAUAAAGGAUUGAGGGUAGUUGACUAUAAUAAUAUAGUGAUUCUACCCAUACCCCUUUAUUUUCCUGCCAGCCUACUAAGUUACUAGAUUACUCUUUUGAAACCCCUAUUUUUUUUUUGUAAUUGUAAAUGUAAAAAAAUAUUGUAGGGACUUCACAUCCCCCCAUCAAGUUUACCUUUCCGGCAAUGAUUUGUAUUUUCCUACCUUUUGGAGUUUCAGCAACUUAUUUAUACAACUUUAACUUAUCUGAGUCUUCAUGCUUAGUUCGCAUUAAAUAGACAUAAGUAAAUCGAGUACUAUCCUCAAUGAAAAUAAUGAAGGAUCUAUCCUCCUCUAGUUAAUUGACCAUAAAUUCAUAAAUAUCAUAAUGUACAAAUUCCAAUAAAUCUAAAUUUCUGUC